ACUCGCCCACCCCAUCUUGACCCCCCAGAGGUGCUUUCCAUGCCUCUUUCCUGAGAUAGCCGUUUAUUUCCGGCCCGUCUGCGCGAAGCAAUCGCAGAACAUUCAUUCCACCGAGAGCCAUUGGGGCCACUGUGCAACCCAACCAGACCGGUCGUCACCUCCGCUCCCUCCUGGUCAUCGCAACCUGCACUCUUUCUUUCCCCACGCAGCGAUGUUUCCCGCGCGAACAUUUCUACGAGCGCGGACUCUCGUCCUUGCGCUGAUCCUCGUCUUCGCCUUCACCUGGUCCUACGCGCACUGGCAGGACUUCCCAUUCCCCGAACAGGACCACCCCGCCCAGUCCGAGACUGGGACUGUCUCAGACAAGAAACAGACGGGGAAAUGGCGGCACAACCCCGAGGGUCACAUUGAAUUCUGGCGCAAAUUCCAGCCACUUCUGACGACCCAUCAGCCGAAAUGUGAGCCGCCGUUGAGACUCGGCUCGGCGCCCUCCAUCCGAUUCGAGCAGUCCAACCCCGAGGAUCGGCCAGAGCUGCUGGACAUGCUCCCGUUCGACGUGGACGCCAUGCGGAAUGCGCACAGCGGCUUCGUCGACGCCAUCAACGCCCACCCGCCGCAGCUGAACUACACCCCCAACACGCGGGGCUUGGUGUCCACCGCCGGAGGCUCCUACCUGCCGGUGCUGGUGAUAUCCCUGCGCAUGCUCCGCCGAACGGGCUCCAAGCUGCCAGUGGAGGUCUUCCUCGCGAACGAUGAUGAGUACGAAGACCACAUAUGCGACGUGGUCCUGCCAUCGCUGAACGCGCGAUGCGUGGUCAUGUCAGAAAUCCUGGACGCCGUCUCAGGAACCAUGGAGAUUCAAAAAUACCAGUUCAAGCUAUUCGCCAUGCUCUUCUCCUCCUUCGAAGAAAUCCUCUUCCUCGACGCCGACGCCUUCCCACUCCAGCAGCCCGAACUGCUAUUCACCAGCGAACCCUUCGCCUCAACACACAUGGUCACCUGGCCUGACUUCUGGGCCUCUACCAUCUCAUCCUACUACUACGAGAUCUCCUCCCAGCCAUACCCCGAAACCGCCGUCCGCCAAUCCAGCGAAUCUGGCGAGGUCCUGAUCUCCAAGAAAACACACCUGAAAACCCUCCUCCUGAGCACAUACUACAACGUCUGGGGCCCGGACUUCUACUACCCCCUCCUAUCCCAAGGCGCCGCCGGCGAAGGCGACAAGGAAACCUUCAUCGCGGCCGCCUCCCGCCUGCAAGAAUCCUACUACCAGGUCUCGGAGCCGAUCUGCGCCAUCGGCCACGGCACGGAGGGCGGCCUGGCCGGCUCCGCCAUGGUGCAGUUCGACCCGAUGCAGGACUUCGCGUUGACCCGGAAGGGCGAGUGGCGCGUGCAUGGCUCGACGGCGCCUGCGCCCCGCGCGUUCUUCGUCCACGCAAACUACCCCAAGUUCAACCCGGCCACUGUCUUCGAGAAGCAGGCCGUCAACCCGGCCUACGCGGAUGAUGGGAGCUAUACGCGCGCGUGGACUAUCCCGGAGGACGUGAUCAAGGCGUUUGGGUCUGAUGUUGAGAAGGGCUUUUGGGAGGAGAUCCUGUGGACGGCUUGCGAGCUGGAGGAUAAGUUUGGUACAUGGAAGGAUGAACGCGGUGUUUGUCUGGGGGUGAAGAAUUAUUGGAAUGCCAUGUUUGGGAUUGGGCAUUCUUGAGGAGUCCUUUAUCUCGGCUUUCUCUUCUCACUUGAGACUCGCUUCCCUUAAGAGGACCUGAAGUACUAGUCGGGAUACCUCAAA